CGCUCAUCUACUCGUAGCGUUAACUCAACCAUGUCUGGCUUCUUUUUGUUUUGCGGGGUUCGUCGUCUGCUACACCAUCAUCUUUCCACGCGUCAUGACCCACUCCCACUGCAAACUCUCCAGCUCGACCCAGACAUUGAACGCCGGGCGGCGUCAGCUACGACAAUCGCGUGUGGCGGCGGGAUACGCUGAAUGAGCGGUCAGCUAGGCUAUUCGGAGCCUUGGGCGCAUGGUAAGAAGAGAGGGUGAGUACGGGGGCAGGCGAGUGAACGGAUGCGUGAGGAUGGAUGACGCGUGAGAGCGAAAGAGCGAGCGUACGAGUGAACAGGUGGACAGGCAGAUGAGUAACGUGAGAGAGGACAGGCAGACAACGAGUCAAACAUUCAGCAGCAUUACCCUCGGCACCAGCACUUGCUUGCCUGCCCACCCGUCCACGUUCUGUCUUGCUCACUGGCACGCUCUGUCUUUCCCGCGCUGUCGACCUCUUGCUCAUCUGCUCAGCUACUUGCCCGCUCUCCAGCUUACCCGCUUGUCCGUGUGCCUAAUAACGCACCCACCCGUGCGCCUGCUCGUCUGCCCACUCACUCGCGCUCGCCCGUGCUCCCUUGCCUAUUCUCCGGCCCAGCCAUGUGCCUGCAUGCCCGCCCAUGCUCCCUUCCUCCCACGUGCCUGCUCGCUUGUCCGCCCACUGGUCCGCCCGCUUGUCCGCCCGCUUGUCCACCCGCUUGCCCACCUACCAGCCCACCCGCUUGCCCACCUACCAGCCCACCCGCUUGCCCACCUACCAGCCCACCUGCUCGCCUGCCCACCCACCGCUGCUCCCUUGGCCCUACUUGCUCCUGGGUCCAGCCCACUGCACCAAAUUUGUUCUUCUUUUCGUCACGCGAAGCUGAUCGCAUUGAGCGAGCGAGCGCGGUGUUCGCUUCCCCGUCCGCCGUGCAGACUCGCCCAGACUCGUCGACCGAUCCGUGCCCGCCUCCUACGCAAGCUUCUCGAGGACGCAACCGUCGCCGGCGGUGCGAGGACGUGCGAGGUGAGUGUUGUCGUGACGCUCUCUAGGCCUGACAUGGUCUCUUUCGGUGAGUUGGAUGCGUGAGGCAGCGGGCCUUGGGCACGGCGGGAGCUGCGGGCUUCGAUUCAGGACGACCGCGGGCGCGGGUGCGGCAACGCCUCGGAUUGCGAUGAGGGCGGAGGAGCGGCAGCGGGCAGCGACGCUCCGUGCAGUGGACAGGCCGCGGAGAUACGUCCUCGUGAACCGGUGCGUGCAUCGACAUGGUGCCCUCCCGUGAAUGGUGCUUUCGAUACGGCUGACGCAGGCACUGAUUCAGUAUGCACAGUGAUGCGAAGCAGACCCAAUGUAUAGUAUUGCUCAGCGAAUACAUAUUGUUAGGUCG